AAUCCCGUCAACUACUGCGAGAUUUUAUUUUAUUAGGACAUUCUCGCGAAAAGCGACAGCGAGAUUUCGCUACAUUACAGAAAAUAUGGCGGACAGGCUAACACAGCUUCAAGACGCUGUUAACUCGCUAGCAGAUCAGUUUUGUAACGCCAUCGGCGUCCUGCAACAAUGUGCUCCUCCUGCCUCCUUCAGUAACAUCCAGACGGCUAUCAAUAAGGAUCAGCCCGCAAACCCAACCGAAGAAUAUGCCCAGCUAUUUGCUGCCCUGAUAGCCAGAACAGCCAAAGAUGUGGAUGUACUAAUUGACUCUCUGCCCAGUGAGGAGUCCACAGCAGCUCUGCAGAAAACAUGGAAACGAGAACAGCUUUGUUUGUGUGAGCACAGAGACGAGAAGAGAUGCAAACGGGCGGCCAGUCUACGGCAGCUGGAAGAGGAGAACCACGAGGCAGCAGCCCGUCUGGAGGAUGUGGUUUACCGUGGCGAUAUGCUGCUGGAGAAGAUCCAGAGCGCUCUGGCCGACAUAGCCCAGUCUCAGCUCCGCACCCGAAACUGGCGCACCAAGCCAGUCUUCACCUGCUGAAUCCUGACCCGCAGCACACGUAAUACAAUUCUGGACAGUUUCACUCACAUUUUGACUCAUUGUUUUUACCGUCAGAUGCCAACUGCAAGCCUCAAAACACUCAAACACAGAUUGAAUGUGUCUGUGUGUUUGUGUGUCAAAUGUGUCUGAGCGGAGAAUACUAGAUUACAUUGACACAGAGUCUCAAUGAUAUUUUCUUGUGCCCUUUAAGUAAUUUGGCUUAGAAGGAGUUACGAAAAAAGUCUGUCAUGUUCUGUGUUUUCUGUACAGUAUACGUUGUAUAUUGAGUUGUACCUCUGUCUGUUUUUGUAGAUAUUUAUGAAUGAAAUGAUCAUAAUUCUCACCUUGGCUGCUUUAAAAUGUUAAAUCUCUCAGUUUUCUGUAACUGUCUGGGUCAUUUUUCCUUUUUUAAUAAAGCUUCAACAAACUGAACAAUA